CGGGAGAACCUGCAGGAUGUGCUGCCCUCGCUGCCCACCCAGGACGAUUAUUUCCUCCUCAAAUGGCUCCGAGCACGCUCCUUCGAUGUGCCCAAGUCAGAAGCGAUGCUCCGCAAGCACCUUGAGUUCCGCAAGCACAUGGACGCCGACAACAUCAUGUUGUGGGAGGCCCCCGAGGUGAUCAGGAGGUACAUGUCGGGGGGGAUGUGUGGCUAUGACCGCGAGGGCAGCCCCAUCUGGUAUGACAUCAUCGGGCCGCUGGAUGCGCGGGGGCUGCUGCUCUCCGCCUCCAAGCAGGACCUGCUCAAGAACAAGUUCCGCGACUGCGAGCUGCUGCGGCGCGAGUGCGAGGAGCAGAGCAGGAAGCUGGGCAAGAAGAUCGAGAUGGUGCUGAUGGUGUACGACUGCGAGGGCCUGGGCUUGAAGCACCUCUGGAAGCCAGCGGUGGACACCUAUGGGGAGCUCCUGUCCAUGUUCGAGGAGAAUUACCCCGAAUCCCUCAAGCGCCUGUUCAUUGUGAAGGCCCCCAAGAUCUUCCCCGUCGCCUACAACCUCGUCAAGCACUUCCUGAGUGAGGACACCCGCAGGAAGGUCGUGGUGCUGGGAAUCCUCUUCCCCGGCUGCGUCCUCAGGUGGCAGUUCCGGACCGAGGGCGCUGAUGUGGGUUUCGGGGUGUACCUGAAGACCAAGGCUGGGGAGCGGCAGCGCGCGGGCGCCAUGACCGAGGUGUAUCCCAACCAGCGCUACAACUCCCACCUCGUGCCCGAGGACGGGUCCCUGACCUGCUCCACACCUGGCAUCUAUGUGCUGCGCUUUGACAACACCUACAGCUACCUCCAUGCCAAGAGGGUGAGCUACAGUGUGGAGGUGCUGCUGCCCGAC